UCAUCAUCAUAUCAUAUAUAUAACAAUAACAUUUUCAUUUCAUAUUUCAUACUAUACUAUUUAUUUUCACUCUCAUUAACAUAAACCCCUUUUUCUCUUACCUCUUCAUAUUUCUAAUAACAAACAAACUUUGUUUUCAUUUUGAAACAAAAACAAAUUCACCUGCAAAUUUCAAUAUCCAGAUUCCGCAGGAAAAACAACACCAUUGUUCUUCCCCCGAUAUCUCGGAUCACACAUCACACAAUCAUCCAUCAACCAUGGCGGCUGGUCCAGCAUCAACCACCACCACCGCAACCACUACCGAUCGACCUUCCAUGCCACCAACAACAACAACCGUUCCUCUUCAACCACCACCACCAAUGCUCGUAUCUGAUUCAUUCGCUAAAGAUGCUAUUCUCGCUUGGUUUCGUGGCGAGUUUGCUGCUGCUAAUGCUAUCAUCGAUGCUCUUUGUUCUCAUCUCUCUCAUCUUUCUUCAUCCGCUGAUUAUACCAAUGUUUUCGCCGCUAUUCAUCGUCGUAGACUCCAUUGGAUCCAAAUCCUUCAGAUGCAAAAGUAUCACUCCAUUGCUGAUGUCGCUCUUCAGCUUCGUAUAGUCGCUGAAAACAACAAAACUGCGAUUCAAGAAGAACAAGAACAAUAUGUCAUUGAAAAUGAUGUCGUCGUUGCCGAGGAGGAGGAGCCGGAGCCGGAGGUGGAACAACAGAAAGUCAUCAAUGGUGGUGGUGGUGAUGAACACGAGGAGUAUGAUUCACCCGAGAGUGAGAUCACUGAUUCAGGAUCUCAAGAAAACCAGACUAGUUCAAUGAACAUUGAUAUAUGUUCCAAUCAUGAAGAAUGUGAAGAACGUCCUUCACAGUUUAAGUUGACAAAAGGUUUCACAGCAAAAGAGUCAGUGAAGGGGCACAUGGUGAAUGUUGUGAAAGGGUUGAAAUUAUAUGAAGAUGUUUUCACUGAUUCAGAAUUGUGCAAGCUGUCAGAUUUUGUCAAUGAGAUCCAUACUGCUGGCCAGAAUGGGGAACUGUCUGGUAAACCACUGUUGAACUUUGUGUGUGUCGGGAUAAAGACAAAUUAUAUAGCAAGACCAUCUAUGGCAGCUCCAAUGUAUUUGUGCGGUUAUACAACGAAUCAAAUAUUUCUUACAUUACUAUCUUCUUGCAUACUUGUAGGUGAAACUUUUAUAUUAUUCAACAAACAGAUAAAGGGUAACAAGAGAGAGCUGAUUCAGCUGGGUGUUCCAAUAUUUGGACAGAUAAAGGAGGACACAAAAAGUAAUAUAGAGCCAAUUCCAGCAAUUCUGCAACGUGUCAUCGAUCACUUUAUUCAAUGGCAUUUACUUCCAGAGUACAAAAGACCAAAUGGUUGUAUCAUCAACUUUUUUGAAGAGGGGGAGUUUUCUCAGCCAUUCCUGAAACCACCGCAUCUGGAUCAACCUGUGACCACUCUUCUUCUCUCUGAAUCAACCAUGGCUUUUGGGCGUAUCCUUGUGAGUGAAAACGAUGGGAACUACAAGGGACCACUCAUGCUCUCAUUGAAGCAGGGGUCUCUCGUGGUGAUGAGAGGAAACAGUGCUGACAUGGCAAGGCACGUCAUGUGUCCAUCUCCAAACAGAAGGGUGAGCAUCACCUUCUUUAGAGUGAGGCCAGACUCCAAUCAAUGCCAAUCACCAACUCCUACCAUGACAAAUUCAAUGACUCUCUGGCAACCUGCCAUUGCUAAUCCGUAUGCUUUGCCAAAUGGAACUAUAAGUUGCGGCUAUGACGGUAUGGACAUGAUGAUGCCCAAAUGGGGAAUGCUUCCUGGCCCGAUGAUGAUGCUGACACCUAUGCGUCCUAUGGCAUUGAAUCCCCGUAAACUUGCUGGUGGUGGUACUGGAGUCUUCUUGCCAUGGAAUGUCCCAUCCAGAAAACCUGCAAAGCAUCUUCCACCACGUGCACAGAAAGGAAGGCUUCUAGCAUUGCCUUCUCCUGUUGAGCCACACAUUGGAGAGUCCACUUCUGAACCCAGCAUUUGUGUCGAAGGAUGAGAACAAAUUUGGUUAUGAAGCAGCCUUGGGUUCAAAGACAUGCGAAACAUGAUAGGUGACUUUCAAGCUCCAGUUAUUUUCUCUGCACUCUGGAGCUUACAUUUUGUUGUACAAACAGGGUCCACCCCAGGUGUUGCUACAGAAGUUUGGUUCAUUCUUUUUAUUUCACACCCUUUCUUCUACUUUUUUUUCUUCCUCUUGGAUAGAGUAGAUUCUAGUGGAGUUCACAACGGUAUUUUUAUGUUUGCCAAUCAUGGUAAGAGCUUUAGUAGAAUAGUCAAGCUUUCAAAAUUGAAGAGUGUGAAUUAUAUCUGAUAUAUCAGUUUGUAAGAAUGAUAUUUUUAAGUUAACCAUCUUUUUAGACGAAUCAAAUCGUCAUUGGGAUGCUUAGUUAUUUAUUAAUGAUUUUCUCUAUUCAUAUA